AUGUCUCGCUCUCACGCGGAAAGUGUGAUUAAAAGCAUCAUCCGUGAAAUAGUGCAGGAGUGUGCGGUGAGAGGGCAUGCUGUGUCGGACACUUUGGUGGCUUUCAUGGUGAAAGCUGUUGUGCUGGACCCAAGAAAUGGGUUUAAUGUUGACCGAACACUGACCAAACAAGAUGUCCAAAAACUUCAGGAACUGUGUCUGGAUAAACUCAUGGAAAAGUGCAGCCCAUCCCUUGACACCAUCAAAAUGCAGGUGUAUUUUGAUAUGAAUUAUACGUCCCGACGUGAGUUUCUUGGGGAAAUCCAUCGGGUGCUGGAGUCCAGGCUCAGUCCAGUGAGCAGAGAGAUCACUGACAGCAGAGUGAAAACACGGGAAGAAUUAGAUGCUCUGUACCGGAAAAUCGUCACUUACAUCCUGCUGCGCUCUGACAUGGGCUCACCCACAGAUGUCAACGCUGUUCGAGAAGCUACAGCUGCCCUGCAGAGCGUCUUCCCUCAGACUGAACUGGGAGCCUUCAUGGUGCUCUUAAAGAGGGAUAAGGAGCAGCAACUCAAUGAGCUCACCAUGAUUGUCACAGGGAUCCGGCUCUUCAACAAAGCCAGCAAGAAGGGAGAGGAGACGGACCUUCAUGAACUAAUGCCUGCGGCUCUUAAUGAAGUUCUUCCAGUCAUCAGUAAAAGUAUCGAGAAGGAGCUGAGUGUCUCGCAGAGUUUGGCAUGGAAGUACACAGCUGUGCUGGAGAAGCUGACAGACUCUGAGAGUCAGCCUGAAGCAUGCGACGUGCCCAGCGUCUUACUCCGACAGGCUCUCUACAACGUCAGACAGCAUGAAGUUUUCCUCAAAAUGUUACUGGCUGAUGCACGUUUAUGUGCCAAGCAUGUGGAGUUCCUGCAGGUGGAGCUCUCAUCACAGAUGAAGCUGCUGAAAGAAACGGUGCAGUCAAAGACAGCUGUACCCACUGUGAAGGUUUUUCCACUGUUCAAGGCCCUGUCAAAGCUUUGGUCUGGACUUGGGGAUGAGGCUGAGCUGCUGAACAUCCUCAGUAACGUUGUGCUCAAUCUGCAGCCCUUCCUCGCCUCGCAGGCCAAAAUCUUUUCUCAAGCUUAUCUGGAUGGCCUGCUGGAGGCGUCAGAGGUGAAGACAGACGAACAGAGAAUGGCUGAGUCUUCGGGUGAAUGUAUUGUUCCAGCUGAGAUGAAGACACAGGAGUGGCUUCUGCCUGAACAAACAGUCAGUUUUAAUGAUUUGGUGCUACAAUAUAAUGGAGUCUGUGGCUACACACUUGUGAACAGAGAUGGGCUUCUUCUUCCAGGUAAUCCACACAUCGGGGUCCUGAAACACAAAGAAAAGCUCUACGUUUUUAGCUCUAAAAAGGCUGCCCUGAAAUUUGCCUCCUGUCCAGACGACUUCAUUGCAGAGGUUGCAGAAAAAGCGAAGCUCUCCCCUGAACUCAUUCACCUCCUCAAACUCCACCAACAGUUCUCCACUGCCAGUCCAUACUCUGAGAUACAGCCAGGAGAGAAUUCACUGGUAAAGCCCAUCGGUAAGUGUGAGAGCAGCACCCAGACUGACACGCACCCGGUGGAGACAAACAUUGUCAAGUCAUACGAGUGGAAUGAGUGGGAGCUGCGACGAAAAGCUAUCAAACUGGCUGACCUUCUGACCAAAGUGACGCAAUCAACGCAGACUGACCUGAGCCACAUGAGGCGGGAAAACGUCACUCAGACCUGGCUGCCCAAGGACGCUGCCUGUCAAAGCAAGACAGAUGGUGAGAGCAGUGUGCCCAAGCCUCAGAUCUACCUGGCAGGUCUGAGGGGACAAAGAGACGGACACUUUGUCAAAACAAACCUGACCAGGUCUGUGGAUGAAUAA